GAUUCAGUGCUAUAAUACAUAUCAUCUUCUUCAUUCAGUGCUCUAUUUUUCUGGUACCUAACAUUGGUAUCAGAGCUCCCGAUCCAAAGGGAGAUUUGUAUGGUGCUUACCCGCAGCGCUAUGGAAUCGAGAGUCGACAAUCUGGAGCGUUCCAUUACGGAGAUGAAGGAAGAAGCUCACGAACAGUUCGAGGAGCUCCGACGACUCUUCAUGAGUCGCGAGCACCGUCGCACCAGGGGUCGUUCCAACACCCCGCGCCACCGGAGAGUUUCACGCGACCACAAUUCUGUUUCUGUGGCUCGUUCAGAAGACGGGUCGCGAACCGGGUCACGAACCGGGUCACGAACUGUGACUCGCAGUCGUGAACCUCACGAGCACGCUCAUCAUCGGAGCCAUCUUCGAGCCGUCAUAGGGCGGCGCGUGGAUAUACCGAUGUUCAAUGGUAACGACGCAUACGGAUGGAUUACCAAGGUGGAGAGGUUUUUCCGACUCAGUCGAGUCGUAGAAACCGAGAAGGUUGAGAUGGUGAUGAUCGCCAUGGAGGCUGGUUCCAAUGGUGGGAGGAGCAAGCUCCAGUGCGAGCUUGGGAACCGUUCAAACAGGCCUUGAUUCACAGGUUUCAACCUGAACUGGUUCAGAAUCCUUUUGGGCCUUUGCUCAAUGCUAAGCAGAAGGGAAGUGUUAUGGAAUACAGGGAGCAUUUUGAACUCUUAGUUGCGCCUAUGCGAAAUGCUGACAGGGAAGUGCUAAAGGGAGUGUUUUUGAAUGGGUUGCAUGAGGAGAUUAAGGCUGAGAUGAAGCUGUACCCAGCAGAGGAUUUGGCAGAUCUCAUGGAUAGAGCUCUUUUACUGGAAGAGAAAAACUCAGCCAUGAGAGGAGGCAAAUCCAAGGAGGAGGACAAAAGAGGAUGGAAGGAGAAGGGAGGAUUUGGAGGAAGAUUUUCUACUAAUUCUGGAGAGACCAGAGGAAGGUUUAUUCAGCCUAAUGUGAGCUACCAAUCUAAGGGAGCAGGGGGAACUCAGGGGAAUGAAGGGAAACCUCAACAUCUUAAGGAAGGGACUGAGAACACCAAUAAUGAAGGAAAAAUCCCUGAAAGGAAAUGGAAUGGGGGACAAAGACUUACUCAAACAGAACUGCAGGAAAGGAGCAGAAGGGGUUUAUGUUUCAAAUGUGGAGAAAAAUGGGGAAGGGAGCACAUUUGUGCCAAGAAGAAUUUUCAACUGAUAUUGAUAGAAGGUAAGGAUGAAGAGGAAGAAGAAGAAGUGUUUGAAGAGGCUGAGGAUGGAGAAUUUGUCUUGGAAGGGAAGGUGCUCCAACUCUCUCUGAACAGUAAGGAAGGCCUAACUUCCAACAGGUCCUUCAAGGUGAAAGGGAAGAUAGGAGAAAGGGAGAUCCUAAUUCUAGUAGAUUGUGGAGCCACCAGCAACUUUAUUUCACAGGAACUAGUAGCAGAACUGGAAAUACCGGUGGUUGCUACUUCAGAAUAUGUUGUGGAAGUUGGAAAUGGGGCAAGGGAAAGAAAUUCUGGGGUAUGUAAGAAUUUGAAGUUGGAGGUGCAAGGAACCCCAUCAUUCAGCACUUCUUUAUUCUGGGCUUAG